CAUUAUUGAGGUUGUGAGGCGAGGCAUACAGGCUGUGAAUCAGUGGACCUCUCCCGCCCCUGGUCCACUGCAAACUCUCCCGCCAAUCUCCGCGCACGCAGUCUGAUGGCAGCGGCCAAGCUGAGACGUCCUGCUGAGGCCAGUGUGACCUUUGAGGAUGUUGCUGUGCACUUCUCCUGGGAGGAAUGGAAGCUGCUUGAUGAGGCUCAGAGACGCCUGUACCUCCGUGUGAUGCUGGAGAACUUUUCACUUAUAUCCUCUCUGGGUUGCUGCUGUGGAGCAGAGGAUGUAGAAGUGUCACAGACAAGGAAUGCCAAGGCAGCUUCGUCUCCCCAGAAGAGCCACCCCUGUGAGGGUUGUGGGACAGUCUUGAGAGACAUUUUCAGCUUGUUUGAGCAACAUGGAACACAACAGAGCCCAAACAUGCUGUGGUGUGGGGCAUGUGCAAAACGAUUUCAUUUCAGUGCAAAGUGUCACCGACACCGGGACAUGCACAUGGGACAGAAACCCUUCAGAAGUAGUGUGGACAGGGCCUCAUUUGUGAAGAACUGUAGAAUCCAUGUGUCAGGGAAGCCCUUUAGCCGUGGUGAGGUUGAGAAGGACAUCCUGGCUAGCUCGGGAAAUGAGCAGCAACAGAACAUCCAAGUGAAGGAGUCAAACACAGGGACCCAGUGGGAAGCAACGUUACAAAACAGAAAAAGUCAGUACACCUCAGAGGAAGGCAAGAAAGCCUUUAACCCUCAACACAUACUUAUUCAGGACCAGGCUGUUAAUACUGGAAGACAGUGUUUUGUGUGCAGUGAAUGUGGAAAAACAUUCAAGUACAAAUCCUCAUUUGUCACGCACUGCAGAGGCCACACUGGAAAAAACUUUCCUGUGAAUAGUGAAAGUGGAAAAUCGUUUAGUGAAGCCUCAAUCCUCCAUGAGCAUCAAAAAAUUUAUACUGGAGCAAGGCAGUUCAGGUGCAACAAAUGUGGAAAAUUCUUAAGCCUCAAAUCUGUCCUCAUUCAUCCCAAGGGACAGGAAAAUGCAGAAAACAAUUACAUGUGUACUGAAUGUACUCAGUCAUUUAGCCAUAGCUCAGUGUUUAAUCAGUCUCAGAGAGUUCAAAGUGGAGAAAAACCUUAUAAGUGUACUGACUGUGAAAAAUCUUUUAUCUCUGUUGCUGCUCUCAGUUAUCAUCAAAGCUCUCACACAGGAGCAAGGCCUUAUGAGUGUAGUGAAUGUGGGAAAUCUUUUACUAGGAUUUACAACUUUCGUUGUCAUCAAAGACUUCACUCUGGAGAAAGACCUUAUGAGUGCAGUGAAUGUGGGAAAUGUUUCACCUGGAAAGGAAGCCUUCAUUAUCAUCAGAGAGUGCACACAGGAGAAAGGCCUAAUGAGUGCAGGGAAUGUGGGAAGUCUUUUAACACUAACUCUGCUCUCCAUUAUCAUCAGAGAGUUCACACAGGAAAAAAGCCUUAUGAAUGCAGUGAAUGUGGCAAAUCUUUUACCCGGAAUAACAGCCUUCGUUAUCAUCAAAAAAUUCACACAGGCCAAAGGCCUUAUGAAUGCAAUGAAUGUGGGAAAUCUUUUACCUCCCGCCAAAACCUUUGUUUUCAUCAGAGAGUGCACACUGGAGAAAGGCCCUAUGAGUGCAAUGAAUGUGGGAAAUCCUUUACCCGUCCGCACACCCUUUAUUACCAUCAGAGAGUUCAUACAGGAACAGGGACUUACAAAUGCAGUCAGUGUGGAAAAUCUUUUGCUUGUAUUUCUAACCUCCGUUGUCAUGAGAGAGUUCACACAGGGGAAAGGCCUUAUGAAUGCAGUGAAUGUGAGAAAUCUUUUGCCACAAGCUCUGCCCUCCGUUUUCAUCAGCGAGGUCACACAGGAGAAAGGCCUUAUGAAUGCAGUGAAUGUGGGAAGUCAUUUAGGGGUAGUUCCCAAUUAAAUCUACACUGGAGAGUUCACACAGGAGAAAGGCCUUAUGAGUGUGGUGAAUGUGGGAAAUCUUUUAUCAGUAAUUCUAAACUUCAUUAUCAUCAGAGCGUCCAUACAGGAGAUAGACCUUAUGAGUGCAGUGAAUGUGGAAAGUCAUUUAGGCGUAGUUUCCAGUUAAGUCUACACCAGAGAGUUCACACAGGAGAAAGGCCUUAUGAGUGCAGUGAAUGUGAGAAAUCUUUUACCAGUAGCUCUGCCCUCCGUUAUCAUCAUCGAGGCCACACAGGAGAAAGGCCUUAUGAGUGUGGUGAAUGUGGAAAGUCAUUUAGGGAUACUGCCCAAUUCAGUCGACACCGGAGAGGUCACACCGGAGAAAGGCCUUAUAAGUGCAGUGAAUGUGGGAAAUCUUUUAUUACCAGGUCUAAACUUUAUUAUCAUCAGAGAGUUCACACUGGAGAAAAACAAUGUGCUGGGACUGUACAAGUUUCUGUUCUGUGUAACAAACCUUGAGGCAAUUUUUGAGCAGCCAUCUGAAUUCAGACUCUUACAUAUGAAUAUGCAUAGUGGGGAGAUUUCCCAUAGACUUCAUUUAUAUGGGAAGUGUGUGUAAAUAUGUUGCACUUUCUGAAUGGCUAUUCCUAGGUUUAUGUUGCAGCUACAUUCCAUGGCUAAAGUCUUUUCACCUCUGUCACAGGGCAGAUCCACAGAGUUUGUGUCAUUCAACACCCUAAUGUGCUCAGGGAAGCUGACCUCUGGUCUCAUGAAUGUUGUAGCAAAAUAGAAAUGACUGGAGCCUCCAGGGGGUUAGCUUUUUCUUAUAUGUUUAAUUUGUACAUGGAAGUGUGUCUGUGUGUUUGUUGACCCUGAGAAUAUUGUGAGUACCACUUGCAUAGAAAUUACUAAUUUUUCAGGGAUGUUUUCAUCUCAUGUGAUACUUGUGAUGAGGUUUUUCAGUUUCUAGUUCAUGAACUUGGGAAGUGCCAGUUGCACAUUGCUUUGACUUGUACAAUAAUCAAGGCCUUAUUGUUUUAAGUUUCUUUAAUUUUGGUUGUUCUUUUCAUAAACUGAUUUGGAGUCUAUAAACAUGAAGAGGUAAACAACUUUUUAGGGGUCUUAAUCUUUCUCUGCUUACCGAGGGCCUGUAUGAUGGCAGAAAAUAACUGGCCAAUUUUGGCCAAAUUUGCAUAGCUGUCCACAGCUUCCUAGGAAGGACUGAAGGGCUUUCUGGCCCUGAUUUGGGUGCUCUGUGUUUUAGGAGUCUUUAAGAUGACUGAGAAGAAGACAGGUUGAGAACCUCAGGCACUUGUGAGAGUAGCAUGGUUAUUAGCACUGUUGAGAGUAUAUCUUCCCCCGGUCUACAGAAAGUCUUGUGCCCUGACAUCCACAAUUCAUUGGACUAGAGUCACUGAAAGGACAAAAACAAAGCCCCUUUCAAGAGCUCUCUACCAGCACUAGCUACUUCUCUUCCUUUGAGUCUGCCAGAUGUAAUUAACUAUUGUUUCUCUGAGCCUCUAUUAUCAGGACUGAAUAGAUUACUGAGAAAUAUCCCCCACACAAAUGUUUUAAAACUUAAACAAACAAGACAUACAAGACCAGAGCACCUGAACCCUGAACACAAAGACAACAGCAAUACAAACUGAAGCUGCACAGUCAGCCUGAAAGCUGAUUUACAACUAAUUGUCAUGACUAUCCAGCUAUAGCUCCCUUCUCUUUAUCACUGAAUAAAAACUUAAAGCCCCUCCAUUUCCCUGCUGGUGUAUCUCUUCCCACCAGCCCCUUUCCUUCUUGAAAAGUAAAUAAAAGUUUU